CGAACUGACAUCACGACGCGGAAACGUAACGCUUUGACCAACCUACUCUUACUAGUAUCAAACAUUAGCAAUGCAUCUUGCAGACCAACGUGUUAUAGCGGCUUUGGAGUCAGCCGCCACGAUCUCUGCUGGAUUGUUCACAGGUGCUGCCUCGUACAUUACUCUGGUGGAGCAGCCGGCCAGGUUCAAGAGUAGCGCGGAAACGGCAAGGCGUAAUUUCCAGCAUACCUAUCCGCUGGCAGCUCGAAUGCAGGCCAGCCUUGCAUUGGUUGCAGGUGGCUCAAGUCUUGUCCUUGCACUGCUUAAGAAGUCUACCAGAUACUAUGUUGCCGCUGCUGCUUUUCUUUCCAUUCCAGUAUUUACUAUUGCAUGCAUUUUCCCCACCAACAACCGCUUGUUGUCGGGCAAGGAUCAGGACGCAAAUGCGCACGGUGUAUGGGGUGUGUUACGAAAAUGGGGUCUGUUGCAUGGUGCUCGCGUCGUAGCUGCUGCUGCAGGGUUUGGUGCUCUAGUAAUAGGAAGAACAGCAGCAUAAGUCGGGCAUGAUGACUUGUGGAAAAACAAUAUCAAUGGAGUAUAUAGCGGUGUGCUGCCGUAGGGAUAGCCAUAGUUUGGACAUUAGUUUCUGCUGAGGGAUUCAACAAUACACAGUGGCAAUGCAAACACGA